AUGACGGUUCGUGACCAUUUACCCGUCACAACACCAGCCCACUCGCGAGCUCGUCUACCGAUCCCACUCACUCACUAUCCAAUUGACACUGCCAGUGCACCACGCAGCGAGGAAGUUAUCGACUCGACCGACCGACCGACCGACCGACCGAUCAAGCGACAGACGAACUCGACCAUGAAGAUCACCGCUCUCGCCAUCACUGCGCUAGCCACCGUAGCAAGCGUCGCAUCCGCUGACGACUACCAGCCGGCUCUCCGAGCACUUGCCGCACAGGAGCCAACUGCACCCAUUGCCGACACACUUGCUUCCGACCCGACCAAGCAACAAUCCUCUUCUCCUGUGGAGGCUGCUGCUGCAGCUGCCAACACGGAGCAUGAUGUCGACGAUGACAGCAAGAAGGCCAAGGAGUGGUGGGGACGACCGGGAUGGGGACAUCGCUGGGGAGGCUAUGGAUGGGGGCGUCCCUGGGGUGUGGCUACGGUGGUGGCUGGGGGUGGAUACGGUGGCGGCUGGGGAUGGUAG